UAACCGUAAAAGGCCCACAUCAGCGAAUCGGGUGGGAACCCGAACACAAGAGGCAGGGUUGAAGAAGGGUUUUGGUUAGGGGAUGAAACAAUAAUAAUCAAAGAAGGAUGAGUGCAGCAGCAGGUGGGACUGCAGAUUUCUUCUACAGAGAAGCUCAGCGCCUCGGUUAUGUUGCCCGUUCUGCCUUCAAGCUGGUUCAGAUUCAGAAACAGUACAAAUUGAUAACACCUGGUUCCGCUGUUCUUGACCUUGGUUGUGCUCCUGGUGCCUGGCUUCAGGUAGCUUGUCAAAGCCUUGGUCCUUUGAAAACCGGUGGGGUGGUCGUCGGCGUUGAUCUUAAGAAGGUGAAAGUUCCUUCAACUCACUGUGAUUCAAGGGUUUCAACUAUUUGUGCCGAUGUCAUGAAUCUCCCGAAAGAUGAAUUUUUAAACUUCUCCCCUGAGAAAAAAGGGUUUUCGGUUGUAUUAUCCGACAUGUGCCCACUCGUUUCCGGUAUCACAACAAGAGAUUCCGCCUUAUCCAUGGAAUUAGGGAUGCGGGCUCUUGAUUUAGCUCUCGGUGGAUCUAAAUUACCCGAUGUGCCCUUGGAAGAUGGUCAAACCGAAAAGCAACUCAACAAAGAAGAUGAUGUUGGUAUACUCAAACCUGGAGGGCACCUUAUCGUCAAACUUCUUGAGAGCGAGGAUACAAAAGACUUGAUCAAGAUUUGCAAGCCGUUGUUUAGGAAGUCGUCGUGGUUGAGACCGAAAGCUACAAGAUCAAACUCCAGGGAGAUUUAUUUGAUUUGCCAAGGUUUAAAUUAGUUACGCUGCGCUUUUCAGGUAACUCUCCUCCUCCAUAAUCGAACUGGUUUAUUGCCGAGAUAAUGGCCUAUUAAUUACGUAACCGUGGGGAUUUUUUGUAUUUUCGUCAUGUCGAAUGUCCAUUCAUUUGUAUUUUAAACAUGUCUAGUGUGUUACUAUUAUAUUGAUUUUUUUUUUCUGUUAGAAAAUCUUAUAUGAUGUUUCAAAUAA